GUGUCGUAUUCCCUUACUCUCCACGGCUGGGCCGUUACAACUUAAACUUCCACGAGGCUCAGCAAGCGUGUUUGGACCAAGACUCUGUUAUCGCCUCCUUUGACCAGCUCUACGAUGCCUGGAGGUCAGGGCUGGACUGGUGUAAUGCCGGCUGGCUCAGUGAUGGCUCCGUGCAGUACCCCAUCACCAAACCCAGGGAGCCUUGCGGAGGGAAGAACACAGUGCCUGGGGUCAGGAAUUACGGGUUCUGGGAUAAAGAUAAAAGCCGAUAUGAUGUUUUCUGUUUUACUUCAAACUUCAACGGUCGUUUUUACUACCUGAUUCACCCAACCAAGCUGACCUAUGACGAAGCCGUUCAGGCAUGCUUGAAGGAUGGAGCUCAGAUCGCUAAAGUUGGCCAGAUAUUUGCUGCCUGGAAGCUCCUGGGGUACGACCGCUGCGAUGCUGGCUGGCUGGCUGACGGCAGCGUACGCUACCCAAUCUCCAGGCCAAGGAAACGCUGCAGUCCUAACGAAGCAGCAGUUCGCUUUGUAGGCUUCCCUGAUAAAAAGCACAAGCUGUAUGGUGUCUACUGUUUCAGAGCAUAUAACUGAAAAUACCUAGAGCACAAAAGUUUUAAAUUCAUUAAGAACAUGUGAAAGAUUUCUUUUCGAUAUGAACUCAUGCAAGUUACCAAAACUGUGAUAAACCUUUUUUACUUACUGUAAAGAGUCGUUUUCAUAAACCCAACCCAUUAAUUUUUUUUUGUUUUAGUAUUUUUGUAAAAGUAUCAUUCCAUAGAUAUUUUAAAUUAAUAUAAUUUAAUGGAAGCUCUAGGUAAGGAAGUUUUAGAGCCAAAUUCUUUAAGCUACAUCAUCCCAACAAAAUAUACUUUUUGUGAAUGGGGCAUGCAGUAGAGCUUGACAGUUGCUAGGGCACAAUUAUGGAAUGUAAGGCUACUCAAAGCAGAAGCUUUUAAAAGCACAGAUUUUACGUAUUUGUACCAGUUUGAGAAACACUGCAAAUUGAUUAUAUCAGGAAUUUUGAAAAUAGAUAAUUUUUUUCUUAAAGGGGAUCAGUGAGGUUUUG